CUCCUGGAGACGGGCGUUGGAGCCUGACACCUUCGCGGCUUCGCGCACCACCAUCCCGCCACGUCGGCUCACCUUCCCCGCUGUGGCCGCACCAGCCCCACCUACCAACCGCAGUACCAUCUCAGCUGUCCAUUCAUAUUGCCAACUGCCCAGAUCGAUCCGUCUCACUCAUCACCGUGCUCCUCGCCCACCUACCGCGCCACACCCGCCUCAAAUCACCGGCUCGGAAACCACCACCAAUUACAUCGGCGUCACCGUCACCGCCGCUUUCCGAGCUCUCAUGGCGGCGUCCGCGUCCUCCCUCCUUGCCGCCCCCGCAUCCUCAUCCUGUGGGGCCAUCUCCCCCCAGCUCCCUCGUGGAGCUCCGGCCGCUGCCUCCGUCGCUUCGCCGUCGCGUCACUCCUGCUACCUCCUCCGCGCUUCCCCUUCGAGGCGCCAUCGGAGUCGCUUCGUAGCCAACGCCGCUCCCACCAUGCAGCCUCCGGCGGAGUCCAGGGUCUCCACGGUAGUCGAUGUCGACCUCGGCGACCGUAGCUAUCCGAUCUACAUCGGCGCAGGCCUCCUCGACGAGCCGGACCUGCUGCAGAGGCAUGUUCAUGGUAAGAGGGUUCUGGUGGUGACCAACACGACCGUCGCGCCGCUUUACCUGGACAAGGUGACAUGGGCACUCACCCACAACAACCUGAAUGUAUCAGUGGAAAGCGUGAUCCUGCCCGACGGUGAAAAGUACAAAAAUAUGGACACGCUGAUGAAGGUGUUUGACAAGGCAGUCGAGUCCCGUUUUGACCGCCGGUGCACAUUUGUAGCACUGGGUGGUGGUGUCAUUGGGGACAUGUGUGGUUUUGCAGCUGCUGCAUUCCUCCGGGGCGUCAAUUUCAUACAGAUACCAACUACUCUGAUGGCCCAGGUGGAUUCAUCUGUUGGUGGGAAAACCGGGAUUAACCACCCACUAGGAAAGAACUUGAUUGGGGCAUUUUACCAGCCACAAUGUGUUCUAAUUGACACAAAUACACUGAACACAUUGCCUGACAGGGAGCUAGCUUCAGGCAUUGCCGAGGUAGUAAAGUAUGGGCUCAUAAGGGAUGCACCAUUCUUUGAGUGGCAAGAGAAGAACAUGCCGAAAUUGUUAGCAAGAGAACCAAAUGCUUUGGCAUAUGCUAUCAAGAGAUCAUGUGAAAACAAAGCUGAAGUGGUGGCACAAGAUGAGAAGGAAAGUGGCCUUCGAGCAACACUAAACCUGGGUCACACAUUUGGCCAUGCUAUUGAGACUGGGACAGGAUAUGGAGCAUGGCUCCAUGGGGAGGCUGUCGCAGCUGGAACAGUUAUGGCAACUGACAUGUCUCACCGCCUGGGGUGGAUAGAUGACUCCAUCAGAAAACGUGUGGUUGACAUACUAAAGCAAGCCAAACUUCCCAUUGCACCUCCUGAGACCAUGACCGUAGAGAAGUUUAAAAACAUCAUGGCUGUUCAUGUAUGACACGUCAGGUUGACAAGAAGGUUGCUGAUGGUCUGUUGAGACUCAUCCUUCUGAAAGGACCACUAGGGUGCUGUGUAUUUACGGGGGAUUAUGAGGGGAAUGCACUCGAUGAAACCCUACAUGCAUUCUGCGACAACUGAGACAUCCCAGUUUUGGACAUCACUUCUGUAUGCUAGUACUAGGCUAUGUAUCAAUCAGAGAAAAUAUUGUGGUGUACAUUAUCUUCACUGCCUCAUUGGUAUAUUUUUGUCAGAAAUAAUGGUAUAUUGUUUUAAGUGCUGGUUUGAGUUUGUAGAGAACCAUGGCUAAUCAACUGCGGUGCGGUCAGUUGUUCUCUAGUAAUAAUAGUAAAGAAGCUUCACUACA